UACGUCCGUGGGUUACAAAGGAAACAAAGUUAUUGAUAUCCAAAUUUAUAUACCCGUGCAUUGCCUUGUAAAAGAAAACCAAAUCCUUUACUUCGCGAUCGUAACAUAAUGGCAAUAACUUCAAGGUCACCAGUCUUUCCUUGUACGACUGUUCACCUUUUCGUUGCUUCAGGAUCCACCUCGUUGCCCUUCUUUGAACAUUUUCAAUUUUGAUUUUCAGUGAAGUGAGUGCUGGAGACCAGACUUGGGUAGCGUAAUCGAGGUGGCACUUCACCAGGGAGAGGUACAAGGAACGCCGCACUUUCGUGUUGGUCAGCAAGGGGCAUGUCCUACGUAAGAGUCCAAGUAUUUUGUUGGCUUUGCACACCACAACGAGGACUUGUUGAUCCCAAGUGAGGUGGUUGGUAAUGAUACAUCCCAGGUCUUUUUCUUUUCUAACGUGGACCAGCGUCGUAUUUCCGAGAUGGUAAUCAAAACAUAGUGGAUUGCUUUUUCGGGUUACUGUCAAUACCUUACACUUCGAUGCGUUAAAACUAAUGUUGUUGUUAUGGCUCCAUAUACUCAGAUGAUUCAGGGAUUGUUGCAAGCUUUCACAGCUACCGAAACAGGAUAUGCUCUUGUAAAGUUUCGCAUGGCUAGAAAUCCAAUACAGUAUGCGGUUUGACCUGUAGGCUCAAAUUUACAUAAAUUGCGGAUUUGCAUAAAUUAAUUACUUGGUAUUAAACAUUGCGGUUCAUUUCUACAAGGAGUUGAACGAGUUAAAUAGUCUUGUUCUGUGCAGCACAGCUGAUUUUUAUAGCGAGAACAAGACUAAACGCGGCAAAUAUAUUGUGAAUAUCUAAAGCCAAAAGGUCAAAACUAUAUCCUGCGUACAUUGAGCUAAUUAGCAUAUGCGAAUGAAGGGCUUGCAAUUGCUAAUUUCUAUUGCAAAUAGCAAUCUAAUAGCGGAAUAUCAUACAUGUUUAAUACAACAACUCAGCGUAAACACUGUAAAAAUAUAUAAGAAACAAUUUAUAUGUAAAAUGCCUCUUUAUUGACCUUUAUUGAUGAAUUUCGUAAAUUGCGAAAUUUGAUUCCGAACAGAAAGUGUAUAUUUACCAAGCCAAAUUUCAAAUUUUACCGCUUAUUUGCGCUUUUAUUUCUGCAUCCACGAUCAAAUAAACAUUGCAGCGGUAAACACCAUGAAAACCAUAACAACAGUUCUAAAAUGGCGACAAGAAAGCACUGUAUUGCUUCGAUUUUCAUGUCGUGUUUAGUGUUUAUGAUCGGCAUUUGAUCGAUCGAUUGACAACGACUCUGCGGCACUUAAAUCGCACUUUUUUUAUGGCGUUUGGGAACCUACUUAAAGACAGAGUUACGUCCCAAAAGGCUUCGCAAAACAAAGAAUAAAUAUUCUCGAGUGUAUUUAGAUGUGCACAUCACAGCCAAACCGACUGAUUAUUGCCAAAAUAAAGGCUUACUUUGGCCAACUUUGGCCAAUUGUUGUGAUUUAAUAGACACUUGUAUGAGGAAUAAGAGGUAAGAAUCUAUCGAGCUAGGGAACUCAUUUAGCCUUGUCAAUUUCUCGCGAAAUUUGUUCUAGUUAAUAUUUGUGUUAUAUAAUGACGUUUUAGAUGUGCACAUCUGAGAAUUUGUAAGGUUAUGAAACAAAAAAUCAGAAAUAUAAUUUUGCCUUUAUCAAUUAUAUACAUUGGCGCCAUUUUGAAUUUAUUUAAUUUGCGCUCUGCACGCAUGCUUUUCCGCCAUACUGUAUUGGAUUUCUAGCCAUGGAAUAAUCACUCCAUGCAAGAGAGUUUGACUCUAGCUUGAUCUCCAAAUCAUCAUUCGCUCUUGUUUGACCGUUUUGCUACUUUCAUUGUUUUCAUAGUUUUAUAAUAUAUAUAUAUAUAUAUAUGUAUUUAUAAAUAUCUGUUAUUACUUAUUAUAGAGAAGGGAGGUGUCUUGCAUGGGACAUCUAUAUAGCCUCGUUCGCACCUUCAGUUUUGGGCCAGUUGAUAUUGAACUAAUUAUUUUAAAUUAAUUUAUUGCACCAAUAAAGUUGUUAAAUAAGUGCUAAUAAUAUGUGACUUGUUUAAUUCACACGCUCUUUUUUUUAUAUACAAGACGCGCGCGCAUCCAAGACAAGAGAAAUUAAUUUUGCAUAUUAAAGAGAGCACGCCACGUACUAUCUAGUGGCUUUCCCUCCUGAUCUAUAGUAUUGUGUAUCUCGAUUUCAAUUGAUUCUCUCAUUUUGCGAGAGAACUUAUGACUAUCAAACGCCACAAAGUAUACAGCAGAAGAUUGAAUAUCAGUCGUCUGUUUGUCUACCAUACAUUGGUCCAGCUUCUGAGCUUUACUGACACAAAAUCGAAAGAAUUUUGAGGAAUGAAGCAGGUAUAAAGGUAUACCAUUCCAGCGAAAACAAAUUGUUUCGAGCUCUUUGCACACAUAAGGACAACGUAAAUGAAUUUCAGAAACCUGGUGUGUACCGUAUUCCUUGUGAAUGUGGUCUGGUUUACAUUGGUGAAACUGGUCGAAAUCUCUCAGUACGUCUUAAGGAACACAAGACGAAUUGCGAGAAAGCCGAGCAAGAUAAAUCUGCUGUGGCUAAACAUACUUGGACUUACAACCAUCGUAUAAAAUGGGACGAAGCAACCAUUUUGGCGAUUGAUAGUCAUAAGUUCUCUCGCAAAAUGAGAGAGUCAAUUGAAAUCGAGAAGCACAAUACUAUAGAUCAGGAGGGAAAGCCACUGGAUAGUACGUGGCGUGCUCUCUUUAAUGUGAAAAAUUAAUUUCUCUUGUCUUGGAUGCACACGCGUUAAUUGGAAUCACUUCACUACGUUUGAAAUGACGUGGUUGGUGUGCCGUUUAAUUAAAUUUCAAAUGACGCGAGCCAACAGAUCACGACACUGUUGUAUAUAAAAAAAGAGCGUGUGAAUUAAAACAAGUCACAUAUUAUUAGUACCACAGAGUAGAGACAUACAGAGACGUAACCAGUGUACCCACCUUUUUUGUGCGCAUGCUCGGCAAGUUACUAGAUGCAUGCAUCUGAUUGGAUGACGACCUGAUGACGACUCACUUUAAACUUGCUGAGCACGCGCAGUUGAUCAUUUUUCGCCCGGUCGCCUGAAAAAAAGUGGGUACAUGAUAACGUAAUCUUCCGCAGUGUUUACAACGGUCAGUUACGUCUCUGUAUGUCUUAUCUACUCUGUGUUAGUACUGAAGAAGAUCCGGGCUUACGGAUCGAAAGCUUUGCAGUAAUAAAUUUACAUGGUGUUUCCACAAACAAAAACAAUUUUAUUUCUUUAUUUGAUGAUUAAUCGAUCGAUAAAUUUCUUGCAAAUAUAUUUCAUUUUUGCUCGCAUUUUUGCAAGAUUUUGUAAAUUUCAAGAAAGAAAUGGCGAAAGAAUCGGCUAAAAGAAGGGAGCCGACGUUAACGAAAGUAAGUUUGUUUUAAAUAUUGAUUUUAUAAUUGCUUUAAAACCCGACGGCCUUUGCGUAUAUGAUACAACUAAACAAGACAGCCUAUCGGGCCCCAUUUCAGUGGAUCUUUAACAUUGAUUCCCUUUUUUAUUAUAUUGAUUUUUUUUAAAUAAAAAAGAAAGCAAAGUUAUUUGCAUGCUACAAUUUGAAAUCAUUUUAUUGCAAACUCAAAGUUUAUCGAUAAAGCCAUUUAAUUAAAGAAUAAAGGCAGUUUAGUUUUAUAAAGAACACUUUAAAACGUUUUGCGAAGCGUUUGUGGUUGAAUUUUACCUUAAAUUGAAGCUUAUAUUACGUAUAAUAUCAUACCUAACAUAUAUAUGUUGGGAAAUUGAUAAUUUUGUAACUAAAAGUGAUAUUUUUAAGCGAUUUUUUAUUUGUAAGAAUAUUCUGAAUUUUCUUAAAAAAUUAUCGUGUUUUAAUACCAUGGCAACUACUUUGGAUACUUCUUGUUCGGAAAAUACAAUGGUUUUGUCAGCAAGGGCUGCAAGGCGAGGGUUUCUGCAUGCAUGUAUUUUCUAGUAAAUAUAUAGGUUUUUAAUUUCCUAGCAGUGGCAGGCAAAUAUUUCUAAAAAUCUCUAAGAGGACUUUGUUGUUGUUAUUGUUGUUGUAUGCAUUGUAAAUCACAUUGGAAUAUAUAAUCUUUUGUAUACUCAGAAUUUUAGUCCUUGCUAAUUGUAAACAAAGCCAGGGACCUUUACCCACGUGCAUAAAAAUAAUAUCAAUUUUAGGAAACUGAGCACGAUAUUUAACAACUAUUCACUGAAGUGAAGGUGAAGAGUGCAAGGAUAUUCAUAGAGCCACACAGCGGCAAGGUGAGUAUCCUUUCACUAUUCACCCACACUGAGGGAAUAAUUGUUUUAGCAUAUACCACAAAAUUGAAUAUUCAGUUCAAUUUUGUAGUUUAUUUUAUAAUUCGUACCAGAGCUCCCCACUUUCGUAGCUAAAAGUGUUGUAAACAAAACAGUAUUUAUUAACCCAUUGAGUCGCAUUGCUCCCAGAUGUGCCCUACUUUAUUAUUUUACUCUGUCUAACGCCAGGCGAUUUGAGUCGUCAAGGCGUUUAAUGGGUUCAAUGAAGCUGCAGUUCCAUGAAACACCAAACAAGCAACAAAGUUUGGUUAAGCAGUGUUUACAGGUAUUUUUAAAACUAUUUCUAAUGAAUAAAUUUACUAAAAGCUUGUAAAUACUAUUUUGUUUACAAUAUUUUUAACUACGAGACGGUGGGAGCUGUGGAGCGAAUUAUAAAAUAAAAAUUGAACUGAAUAAUCAAUUGUGUGGAACAUGCUAAGGCAGUGGCGGAAAUCUUGGUGGGGCGGGGGGCGGCCGCCCCUACCCCCCCCCCCACCUUCACAGAAAAUUGACGAAUUUUCGGAAAUUUUGACCUUGACGAAUUUUCGGGAAUUUUGACCCCUCCCCCGGAAAAAGUGAAUUACCGCCACUGUGCUAAGGCAGCUCGAUGAAUAUCCUUGCACUUGUCACCUUCACUUCAUUGAAUUAUUGUUAAAUAUGGGAAAGUACAAAACAUGGACCCCCGGUUCAUGGACCCCUUGUCUGGACCGGGUCCAUUGACCCCCUCUAUGGAUCGGGUCCAUGGACCCCCUCCACGGACCCCUCCAUGGGCCGCAUUUUUCCAAAUUUCAAUAUUACUGUUAAUUAAACAUGAUCCGAGUUUUCAAUUUUUAAAAAUAUUUUAGUGGUUUUAAAGCAUACUUUUGUUCUGAGCAGCAAACCUCAUCUACACUCCAGUGUUUUUUUCAUACUAAAGCGAGGCUUGCUAACGACAUCUCAUGACAAAUCAAUGCACCAUGUGAAUAAUAAUAGUGUUACUGACUUGCAAAGCCGGUCAAUGAAAUUAAAGAAACCACUGCCAGCAAAGUGUUGAAAUAUUAUAAACCACUUUCAGUGAUUGUGCAUCUUAAUUAGCCUUCCUGAUUUAAUAUACAAAAACGUGUUUCAAUUCGUCUCUUAUGAAAGUGGUCUAAAGGCACUGUUCAUAAUCAGCAAUUUGAUUUGCUUCGAUUAAUCAUAUGUAUUACAUUUAUCCAUUUACUUUUUUCAUAGUAAUAAAGUUCAGGCAUUUAGGUGUCGAAUGCUUCCUUUCUUGUAUCAUUGUGAUAAAAAAUAGCCAAGUACGAUCCGAUUUCGCAUUUUUCCACCAUUCGGAAUUGUAUGUAAAGCUAUUGUUUGAAUAUUGAAAUUACUCUCAUUUGGGAUUCAAGUCCCUUGAGUAAAUAUGGCGCAAUGCAUGUCUAAGCAUCAAGAUUUGAUAAAUCCGCAUGCAAUUGUAUAUCGAAAUUGAACAACACUAGAAGCGUUUCCAAAAUGGCAACAAAAAUUUUGGGCGUAUGUUCGAACAUUGGAAGAACAUUUAAAUCCCAGAGGUGGAAAAAUGCGAAUUGAACCGAUCACUUUAAAUCAGAUCACAUUUGGUCACUUUUUAUUGCAAUCAUUUCAUAAAGAUGUCACUUGAAGGCUAACAGACAGAUCUUUAUAAAUACGAAAAACCUAUUAACGGGUUAAUUAACGCACAGUAACAUGUCAAAGUUGGAUUAUCUUUGUUAUACACCCUGUAUACAGAGUGUCCCCCAAAAAAGUACACCUUUUGAAAUUUUCCUAUUGUAAUAGUUUGAAUGUCUGAGCAUUAUGCUGCUGAAUCCACGGAAGCGUCAAAUACAGGGUGUAUUGAAAAACGAGACCUGAAUAACUCUAUUCUUGUUAAGUAUACAAGGUUAUUUACUCCUGGGAAUUCAAAUUAGCUUAUUAGCUUCUAAUACUAGAAAUACAUGCAUACAGCUACCCCUCGCAUGUAUUUUCCAAACAUUGAUUCAACAUGAAGUAUUAGUAAUUGAGUCAACACUGAACGCAGGCUCGCAUUUACGUCAGUGUUGACAUGGCAACACGAUAAUUUUAACUUUUAUUAUACUUUUGUACAACACGGCAAAAAUAUUUGAAAGAUUAUUCCUUUUAACUAUGCCUACAAUGAAUUUCCGAAAUGGCGAAAUAUGUACUGUAGGUAUGUUGUUCUGGAUUUUGUGAGUUUUGAUUUAAUGUAAAAUUUAACCUGAAUCGCUUCGUAAAAUGUUUUGAAAUGUUCAUUUUAAUAACUAAACCGCUUUUGCCGAUAAACUGUUUUUACCUAAUAAAACAAUAUAAGUUCAAAUUGUUGAGUAAUUCGCGAUCGGUUUUCAAAUUAAUUUGCCCUCCUUUACAUUUUAUCUUUUUUCUUAAUUAUAUUAAACAGGGACAGGGUAAUUUAGCAAACUUUAAUACAGCUUUAUUGCAAAGGAAAGCAGUGCAUGUUUUAAUACGCAAUAAAUUAAAGCAACAAAAUUCAUAAACAUUAAACAUUCAAAGCAAACUUUCCCUAUACUUCACGAUUUCCACAGUAAGUCAAUUCAUCUAAUUUCUUCAAACAAAAAUUGCUUCAAAGCUCAUUGUGUGAAACGUGAUUUUCCAAAUAUAUGCUUUUGAAAAUUGAAAUCUUGCUUAUCCAACUCCAGGCAAACAGCCAAGUUUUUGAGAUCAGUGAGGAUGACCACCCGGCACUCACGGUUGGUCACCCACGCCCACGAUCAUUGAUGAACUUUAGACUUCGCUAAUGCUUCCCUUUCUCCGGGUGCAAAUAGCCGGGCGGAAUUAGUACCCUUGCCCCGGGCUAACGCCCGGAACGGCGCUCCGCGCGUUUGGCUCUGGGAUGUAAAAGUCUUAUGCAUGCUAACAUAAUUUCAAUACUAAAAAAUACAUGCAUGCAGAAACUCCUCGCCUUGCUGACAAAACCAUUGUAUUUUCCGAACAUGAAGUAUUUAAAGUAGUUGUCAUGGUAACACGAUAAUUUUUUAAGAAUCUUUUUUGAAUAAUGAAAAUCCCUUAAAAUGUCACUUUUAAUUAAAAAAUUAUCAAUUUCCCAAACAUAUGUUAGGUAUGUUAUUAUACGUAAUAUAAGCUUCAAUUUAAGGUAAAGUAUAUGCUAUCUUCUUUCAUUAUACGCAACGAUCAGAUUUUAAUAAGGGUUCUGCUACCUGAAUUUUUUUUUCGCGAACAUAUGAUGCAACAUCGGCUCCAUCUUAUUAUGAUUUAAUGCAUAUGCAACAUGCACUUAUUAUUAUAUCAUUGUGAAGCUUAUAACAUGGUCGGCUCAAAUAUUAUCACAGAUGAGCUACCAAGAAAAAAACUUAAAUGUAUAACAAUCUUGCAAACCAGAGAAGUGAAUUUUUAGCUUUCUAUAUUUAAAAUCUAUCUAGUCAAAAUCUAAGCAUCCAAACUUGACGAAUUUAAGUUGAAUAAAAGAGUACAUCCCUGUGAACAAAAUAAUGGAUGCUUUUUGUCUAAUUCUCUAUUUUGUUGCCAUGGCAACAAGUAUUAGGUAAGGAUCUUACUCAUCAAUACCAAUUUUGGUGUAGAACAUUCAAUUUUGAUCAGAGUGUAAAAAGCAUCCAUUAAUUUGUGCAGAAACAUCCAAAGAACAAUCUUAGAAAAAAUCAGCAAGAUUGCUUAAAUACUCUUUGAGAAGAUAAGAUUUAAGUAACGGCUGCUAGCCAAAAUACGGUUUUUGGGAAAAACGCCAUUUAAAGUUAGUAAACAAUGUUGCUAGUGUUUUCUGACGUUUGGGUGCAAUGUACCUGUCCAAAGUCAACACUUAUCAUUGCAAGAAUGUCACAGUCACUUUUCUUGAUUUCUACUGGCAAAUUGACCCAAUGGUGCAUCACCAGUGUCAUUAGACUCAUCAUUACGAGCAAAUCUGGCUAACGGAUAGUCAUCUUCAUCAUCACCCACCGUACCAAAUGGCAUACUCAGCAGAAUCUUCACCAAGAUCCUUCUUUGCUGAUGUACACUCUGAGCACAGCUUCAACUCAAAAUUGAAAUCAAGUACUUCGCCAGUUUUAACCGAGAUGACAAAACCAACCCGGAUAUUAGCUGUGUAUCCUAGUUUGGACCACAUAUCAUCAUAGUUCACCACAAUCUCUGCGACAUCAGUUUCAUCAGAGCGAUGAAGUCAAAACACUUUGUUUCUCGCCUUCUGUAACUGUUCCGCAACAGCUUUCUUGUGGGCCACAUACAGUGCAGCAACAUGUUGGUCCCAAGCUUUAUGAUGGCAAGGGGAGGGGGGCAUAUUGAAAAUGUCACACAUAACUGACAUACAGUAGCCUCUCUUCCUACACCCACUCCAUUCCGGAGUAAACCAUAUGCCUGUUUGUGUCCAUCAUCCAUGGUAUUUUGGGGCUUUCACACUUGGCUGUUGUUCCCAGAGGUUUGAAGCUCGAUCUUGACGUCGCAUUUGGAACACUCUACAUUGAUCACAGAGCUAUUCCCAAUCUACGGGCCUCGACUUCGCUUAUUCUCAACUCUCCUCCAGAUGCCAAUUUAUGUAAAGACUGUAAAGGCUGAAACGCACUGACUAAAUUUGACAGCUCAAUCAGUCUAUAGCUGUGUGGCCCCAUCAAAAUCUUCGCUUCUUUCAUUACUCUGACUCGUUUCAUACCUUUCAUACAGAAGCAAGCACUGGUGUACACGCUGUUGUUUGAAUUUGAUGUGUCAACAUCCCAUCGACUCUGGCCACGAAAUGCCGCUUUUUUAUAUUUUUGGCAUUGCAAAGAAAAUAUAAUCUCUAAGAGACUAUUUUCAGAUACCAACAAGCAACAAAAUAAAAUAAAAUACAAACAAAGUGUGAAUCUUUGAUGUGUUUUCAGCUCUAUAUGGCAAUGUUUUCGACCAGUGAAGAAAAAUGUGGUCUAGAAUAGCUAUGCGACCAGGCCUUACCUUGUUACCAGUCCCACAAACAACCAAGAAACAAGGCAUAACGUAUAAAAUACACUCACCCGUUUCCAUGGUAACGUGAAAAUUGCUUGCCUACCCUUUCAAACGGAUGAAAUUCUGUGAGGGACCAAAGUUCUACCAGGCCAUUAUUUUGGUAGUAGAAUCCAUAUUAAAGCAAUAUAAAGCAAACAAUGCAUCAAUAUUUAAAUCAAACUUACCUUUGUUAACGUUGGCGCCUUUACUCUUCCAAUUCUUUCGCUUUUAUUUUAUCAAAAAGCUUUUGAAAUUCACAAAAUCGUGCAAAAAUAAAAUGUAUUUGCAAGAAAUCAUCAAAUCAAGAAAUGUUUGCUAUUUCGCUGUCGUCAUGUAGUCGUUAUAAAGCGACAAAAUCACGUUUAUGUUCAAUUUUAUGCGAUGUUUCGAACAAAGUCAUAAAACUACAGGGCACUCUCCCCCCAGCGAAUUAAGUUAUGUAUUAUGCAUAAAAUAAGGGGGUCCACUACCAAAAUUUUUUUCUCUAUCUUUUACUACUAUGAAGUUCUAAUAUGUUGUUAGGUUCGACUCUCUGACAAAAAAAUGUGUUGCUGCAAAACAUUGUUGCCAUGGUUACCUUGAUAAAGCGCUCCCCAUCGUGAAAAUUGAUACAAUCUUGUAUGCAGGAUUGCUAGAUAAGCAUUAAAGGUAAAAUCCUGAAAUAACUUUUAUUUACAAACUAACAAGAUUAAACCUAAAAUAUCAGCAUUGUGUCAAUAACAACAUUUUUGCCAAGCAAUUAUUCGACAUGUAUACAGCUGUCCACAAAGCAACUGUUACUAAUUUCAAAACUAUUCAACUUACUCUAAAUAUUUUUCGUUUAGCUCCUAGAGCAAUACAUGGUUAGUUUAUCCUAAAAAUUUCAUCAAGAUAGCUUAAAUCGUUCUUGAGAUAUCCUGCGCGCAAUCAUGGAAAUCGGCAUUUUUCGCCAAUUUGAGGAAAACGUAUUUAAAGUUAAACUUUCAUUUUAUCAACAAGAAAGCCGCCUUAAAAUGGCAUUAUAGUACUAAACGUCAAUAGCUACCAUUUCAGAAUGCUCCUGCCUUGUAUGUAGUACCCUCUUUCUCUUUUGUAUUGUCCUGUUUCUUCUUUUUUUGACCACGCAGGAUCUUUCUAAUCUUCUUCACCGCCGGAGUGUUUCUUUGGUCAGCUUUCUUUACCCGUUUCUUGUCAGCUUUCCCAACCCCGUAUUCAAAAAUUUGUCCUGGAACCAAACCAAGUUCGCUAAAGAUUGUUGUUGCAGCCUUGGAACCAAUAUUGAAGUGGGCAACUACAUCAUAUGCACCAAACUCCAGCACAUCCUUUUGUUUCUUUCUUCAGUUUCCGUAGUGCCGUCCCAACUCGCUUCUGGACAUGACCGACACAUUCCUUCUUUUCCACACGUAUGUUUCCAUAAGCAUUUUCCAUUUCAUUAUACGGUUUGCUGUCACCAUCUCCAAAGUACUCUGUAUAUUGCAGCUUACGUGUCUCCUUGCUCCUUCCAAAUAUCCUCUUGAUCCCUUAUGUUUCCAUAGAUGGCGCUGAUCCUUGAUAGUUUGCCUUGCACUGAUGUCUAUCCAGCAUAUCAGCUUUUUUUAAAGCAUCUGUUUGUUUGUCAAUCCUUUGACACCCACGGCAAACGUUUGUCAUUAUUUCAACAUCUAAACAUUUACCAGUGUCUAUCGACAAGGCUGUAACACAACCGUUUAAUGAAGAAUACCCGCGUCGCUGCCAGGUUCCAUCACACGAAACACCACACUUAGUUAUUGAGUUACAAUUCUCUUCAUGCAAUUCAUUCGCAGCAUCUUACAUAGUUUUCAUAGCCACAGAUUUUGCGGCUUUCGACAAGGCAGCAUUACUAGCAUUGUAUGCUUUAUAAUGUAAUGGUGGUGGCACGUUCAUGUAGGAGCAAAAGCCUUUCAUCGAUGCAUGUCCUUGUCCAAUACUUCUCAUGGAAUAAACAAAACUUCGGUUGAUGUCAAAAGAAUGUUGUACCUUCUUUGAAGUAUAAAAGGUAUAAACCCAUCCACAAUCUUUACACCGUACUCGAAGAUGAGAAGCACUGCCUUUUCCCUCACGUGGUUCAUCCUCUAAGACAAGGCAUGAAUUUCCACACUCUUUACAAACCAUCUGAGUAAAAAGUUCACGAAGCAAUUCCAUGUCAAUGAAAUGGUACCCGGUUACAUUUGGCUUACUUUGCGUCCCAAAUUGUGGAUUUUGGGUGACUACUUUUCGAGCAGAAGCGGAAACGGUAUGAUCUGCUUCGGUCGAUGUCGAUUGCUCAGAGAGCUCAGUGGUAUCAUUGUUUACACUCUCGACUACAAGAGGUUUUGUAAUGUAAGAAUUGAUUUCAUUGUAAUAAUUGAUUGCCACGAAAUUUCCGUUUUCUUGGUCCUGAACCUUGUCAUGGCAUUGUAAAUAUACAAUUUAAUAAGAAUCGAAAACAGCUAUACCCAAAUCCAAAAAUAUCCAACAGCAAACUACACAAAAUUUACUUGAAAGUUUGAUCACCAAAAUGAGCUUCAAAACGAAGCCCACAAAUUCCAACAAAAAUUUUCAGCGGCUUUUUCAAAUAGGCAACAUACCCUACUUCAUGUAAUAUAUGCAAAAUAGUUACAAAAUAGCGUCUGAUGGGUUUUUAUACGGUUUUUACGAACAAAACAGCCGUUGUUAAGGGCGUUGUUAGGGCAAAAAUAUGUGAAAGCCUUAGGAAUUUUCUCAUUUUCUUGGAUUUCAAGCUUUUUUACGGAAUAAAAACCCACACAUAUGAUUAACAACAGUUUAUAGUAUAUAAAUCUGUGUAUUUUAAAAAUUCACAAAUUUCAGAAUAAAAGUCAAAUUUUUGGUAGUGGACCACCUUAUGCAUAAACUAGAAAUACAAGUAUUAGUAAUCAAUCAACACUGAACGCAGGCUCGCGUGUACGUCAGUGUUGCCGUAACAACACGAUCAUUUUAAUUUUAUAAUUUAUUAUACUUUAUGUACCACGCUGGUCAUAUUCAGCAAAUUUUCUCCCAGAACCACGGGCUCGUAUUUUCAGCGGACUUGCGGUGAAAAAUUGAAACUUUUACAUUUUUCGAAGAACUGGUCACUGGCCACUUUAUGUAAGAUGUCCGUUGACAAUACGAACCCGAACGAGUGGUAGAAAUUUUUCUAAAUUUCACCGACGUGUACAACACGGCAAAAAUAAUCGAAGGAUUAUUGCUUUUAACUAUACAACGAAGAAUUUCCGAAAUAUGUACUGUAGGUAUGUUGUUCUGGAUUUUGUGAGUUUUGAUUUAAUAUUAUACCUCAAAUUCAAAUUGCCCAAUAAAAUAACAGCAUUUGUACCACGUGACAAUGUGAUUUUUACGGUAUUUCAGUAAAAUUCAUGAUUUCGCAAUGCAGCGUGAGAUACUAUAAUAUCCCACGGCAGAUCCAACGUGGGAUAUUAUAGUAUCUCACGCUCACGCGUGACGCGUGGACACCACGCUCUGAAACAAUAUGGCGUUCGCGAACUGUUGUUUGUAAUUUCGUACAGAAGAUUUAUUGAUUUAACCAAAGAUUUUCAAGACGUAUGUUACCUUCAAUGUUCCAAAGAAUGUAUGCUCAAAGAUUUUAAAGAGAAAACGUCAAAAACACAGGUAUACGUAAGAAAUUAAAAGUUGUAUUCGUUUUAUAGUUUUAAAGCAAGUUUUAAAGUUUAUUCUGAACUUAGUGGAUUGUUCAACUUUCGGUAUAAUAUAUCAUUUAGAGACCCUCCGCUCGGGGGAUUCGUCGAAACAUUACCCUCAAUAAUAUCCCGCCAAAUCCUCCUCGCUCCGGGUCUAUAAAUGAUAAAUGUAAAAUUUAACCUGAAUCGCUUCGUAAAAUGUUUUGAAAUGUUCAUUUUUAAAUUUUAAUAACUAAACUGCUUUUGCCGAUAAACUGUUUUUACUUGGAAUUGUUGAGUAAUUUCAGUUAGGGUUUAAAUUAAUUUGCUCUCCUUUACAUUUACCUUUUUUUCUUAAAUUAAACAGGGCGAUUUAGGAAACUUACAGCUUCACAUUGAAAAGGAAAACAGCAGUGCAUGUUUUUAAUACGCAAUAAAUUAUCAAAGCAACAAAAUUCAUAAACAUUAAACAUUCAAAGCAAACUUGCCCUAUAUUUCACGAUUUCCCAUAGUAAAUAAAUUUUUCUGACUUCUUCAAACAAAAAUUGCUUCAAAUCUCAUUGUGUGAUACGUAAUUUUACAAAUAUAUGCUUUUGAAAAUUGAAAUCUUGCUUUAAGUUAAUAUCUUCAGUGUGCUUAUCCCACUCAUGGGAAACAGCCAUAUUUUUUAGAUCA